CCGCCUCUGGGAGGAGCAGAGGGCGGAGCCGACGGCGGGAGGGGGCAUCUUCCGGGAGCGUGUGCUGGGGGAGGAGCGGUCGCCGCGCGUUAGUCAGGGAUCGGUGCGGGUCCUGGUUCCAACUGAGGUGGGGAGAGGGGCCCGGCGGGCUGUGAGGGGCCGGGAGGACUGUCCAGGCCAAGCCCAGCGCGGGGAAGUGUGGCUUGCGGUGGAAGGGGUUGGCUGCUGGGGAAGAAAUCAAACGUAACCGUUCCCUUGGGGAAGGGGGCUAGUCCCCGUCUCCGUGGCUCUUCCGCUCUCUGCCGUAACUUUGGGGUGUGGCAGGGGCUAGUGACGGACGUUUACCCUGGAUCAGGGCUUGAAGGAGGUUCGUGGUCACGAUGGAGUUAUAGUCUUUAUCGCGGCCACUGGGGGAAUAAAACAAAUGUUUGUAAUCCGGAUUAUCCGCGGUGACUUGGGGCCUCCUCUACUGCCCAUCUAAGUUAAAGGCCUGUUCCUUCAAACUUCCUCCCCUCUCACCUUCCUCUGCCGUUUCAUUGCCGGCCAAGCCCGUCCGGGGACGGGGUCAGGGUCACCAGGUUCCUGGUAAGGUUGAAAGACUGAGUGUGUAAGACUGAUAAAGUGGGUCCGUGUGAAAAAGAAGGAAGGAUUUUGCAGAUUGUUUCAGUGUGAGUGUGGGGCAAGGGCCCGAGUCCUAGAGCCUCAGCAUGUCAGGGAAACGGAAGCGGGUGGUGUUAACUAUUAAAGAUAAACUUGAUAUAAUAAAAAAACUUGAAGACGGAGGUUCUUCCAAACAACUGGCAGUGAUUUAUGGAAUUGGUGAGACAACAGUUCGAGAUAUAAGAAAAAAUAAGGAAAAGAUUAUAACUUAUGCAAGCAGUUCUGAUUCCACAAGUCUUCUUGCCAAGAGGAAAUCUAUGAAGCCAUCUAUGUAUGAGGAACUGGACAGAGCAAUGCUGGAAUGGUUCAACCAGCAAAGAGCAAAAGGGAAUCCCAUAUCUGGACCAAUUUGUGCGAAAAGGGCAGAGUUCUUCUUUUAUGCUUUGGGUAUGGAUGGUGAUUUUAACCCCUCUGCUGGUUGGUUAACUCGUUUUAAGCAGCGGCACAGCAUUAGAGAGAUUAACAUUAGAAAUGAAAGAUUAAAUGGAGAUGAGACUGCUGUGGAAGAUUUUUGUAACAACUUCCGAGACUUUAUUGAACGCGAGAACUUACAGCCUGAACAAAUCUACAAUGCAGAUGAAACUGGACUCUUUUGGAAAUGCCUACCUUCCAGGACUUCUGUGGUCAAAGGUAAAUGCACUGUCUCGGGGCACAAGUCAAUUGAAGAAAGAGUCACUAUCAUGUGUUGUGCCAAUGCAACAGGUUUACAUAAACUGAAACUUUGCGUUGUGGGGAAAGCAAAGAAACCUCGCUCUUUCAAGUCAACUGACACGUCAAACCUGCCAGUCUCUUACUUCAGCCAAAAAGGUGCAUGGAUGGAUCUCUCCAUUUUCCGGCAGUGGUUUGAUAAGAUCUUUGUGCCACAAGUUCGAGAGUACUUAAGAUCUAAAGGCCUACAGGAAAAGGCUGUGCUCUUGUUGGAUAAUUCACCAACUCAUCCAAAUGAAAAUGUCCUGAGGUCAGAUGAUGGCCAAAUAUUUGCCAAGUAUUUACCACCUAACGUGGCUUCAUUGAUCCAGCCCUCAGAUCAGGGAGUCAUAGCGACAAUGAAGAGAAAUUAUCGUGCAGGUCUUCUUCAGAACAACUUGGAAGAAGGUAAUGACCUGAAAUCCUUCUGGAAGAAGCUAACUCUGCUAGAUGCACUUUAUGAAAUAGCAAUGGCAUGGAAUUUAGUAAAGCCAGUUACCAUUAGCAGAGCAUGGAAGAAGAUUCUUCCUACAAUAGAGGAGAAAGAAGGCUUGGACUUUGAUGAAGAAGAUGUUUCUGUGGCUACUGUGGCCACAAUUUUACAACAUACCAAAGGAUUGGAAAAUGUGACUACUGAGAACAUUGAAAAAUGGCUUGAAGUGGACAGUACCGAACCAGGUUAUGAAGUGUUAACUGACAGCGAAAUCAUCAGAAGAGCACAAGGCCAGACAGAUGAAUCUAGUGAAAAUGAGGAGGAGGAAAUAGAACUGAUUCCAGAGAAACAUAUUAAUCAUGCAGCUGCUCUCCAAUGGACUGAAAAUUUAUUGGAUUAUCUAGAACAACAAGGUGAUAUGAUUCUGCCUGAUAAACUGGUGAUACGUAAACUUCGAGCCACCAUCAGAAAUAAACAGAAGAUGACAAAUUCAAGUCAAUAAUGGCAUUUCAUUGUUACCAUUGUUUUGGUAAUUGUGUUUGUAACUCUUAAUCUCUGCAGUAUGGCUUACUUUUCUUUGUGUUCUCAAUUCUCAGACACAGUCCUAUGAAAUACAGAUACAAAAAUGUAUCUGAAGGGGCUCGAGGAUUAUGUGUUAGGUAUACUGUGUCUCUUCCUUUAUUUGUGCAGACAACUGGAAGCUGAUUCUGUAUAGAUACAGAUUACCUAUACACAUGUAGACCUGCAAUUAUCCCUUCUAUUACAGUGGCAUUCCCUAAAACUUCUAACAAAAAUUAUAGACGUCUGAACAGAUUGAGCACUUUCCUGAAAUCUGUUGUUUGGUUUAUGAGGGCUGCCACAGUAAUCUUUCUUUGUGCUGGUAUCUAAAAUGGUUGUGUUUUGUGUAUCUGUAUACACUGACACAAUGAGAAAUACCUAUAUUUUAGUUUUCAGGGUGAUCCGUAAUAAUUUAAAGUGAAGUCCAAUAAUGAGGAAACUGAUCUAUGAAUUAUAAAAUAACUUAGAAAUCAUACUUUUAUUCUCUUACAAACGUUUAGGUGGCAAGAGGGCGACAUUUUUCUGGAAUGAAGUAAAUGUAUAGGAAUUAAUUACUAAAUUAGGAAACUAUUUGAAAGUUGAUAUAUAAAAGAUAUAUUCUGAUCUAUUUGUAGAAAACUGUGAAUUGAAAAUUUGGGAAACCUUAGGUUAUUUAUGAAAAGGGAAUAAAUAAGUUUUAAUUGGGUCUUAUAUUAUGAAUUGGGUAGUUAUUUAUUCAUGUAAUUAUAGUAUAGGUUUUGUAAUGUUACAUGUGGUGGUAUGAACUCCCACCUUAUAUGUGGGGGAGAAUCUUGGGAAUUUAUGUUUUUUUACUGUGUACUUGGAAAUGUCUAUCGUUUGAAAAAGAUUAUCAGACCUUUCCUUUUUAUUUGAUAUGAAAAGAAAAAGAAAUGAAUAAAAUUUUUUAUUAUUUUUAACAAGCUAUGAAUAAAGACUUGUUUUAUGAAGAAAGCAGAAAUAAUUAUGGAAAGUGCCACAUUUUAAGGAAUUUAAUCAUUUACUCUUUUGACACUUGUAAAAAGGUAUUCUUUCUUCUAGAAUCCAUUUAAGUGAGAAUUUUGAUAAAUUUGCUUAAUAAAUUUAAUGUUUAUUUAACACAUUGAAAAGACUUUACAUGUAUGAAUAUUGUUUUAAUUUGUAAUUUAUAAGCAACGUGGGUCACCAUAUUUCAUGCUUUGGCCCUUAAAAAACAAAAUGUUCUCUCAUUUUUUUAAAGGUUUAACUUUUUUAUUGAAAUACUUUGCAUUUUAUAGUGCCUUUCUUAGAAUUCUAAGACUUCAAAGAGACUUUAGCUUUCCCUAAUUCUGUUAUCUUCAUGCUGUAUGUCCAGUUUUUUUAAAAAAGACUUCUGUGAUUAGAACUGUUUAAAGAUUAUUGCAUGAAUUGCAUCAGUGCACAGAGGAAAAAAAGCAUCAGAAGUUAACAUACAUAUUGGAUCAGAUAGUUAUACAUUCUGCUCUAAAUUAAAUUGUAUAUAAAAGAAUUUUUCAUUUUUCUAACAUGAAAAUAUGUAUAAAAGCUUCUUGGAAUUUCUGUCUGGGUUUGCUCAAUUUUUAAAAUUAACCUUGUCAGUGAAAUUCAGCUGUAUCAUUGCCACCUAGUGGUAAAAUUAACAUUACUGUUAAGCUGUGUGGUUUUAAAUUUUAAUAUCUAGUAAAAGGUUCACUGUUUUGUGA